ACUUGACAGUGGUAUGAAGAUGGCGGCGUACAGUUACUCUCAGCUGCUGCCGCUGCUGUUAUGGUCCGUGUGUUUCUGCGGUUUCGGCUCCGUCCUCGGCUUGAAGGCUGCCAGCGGCCCGGCGGAGCCGCCCAACCCGCCCGUCCUCAGAGCCGCGGAUCCGCCGGCCAAGGAUGCACCUGCCGCUGCCGCCGCCGGGGCCUCUCAGCCUCGAAGGGCGACCGGCUGGAAGCUGUCGGAGGAGGAGGCCUGCCGGGAGGACCUGUCCCGCCUCUGCCCCAAACACACCUGGACCAACAACCUGGCCGUGCUGGAGUGCCUGCAGGACCGCAGAGAGGAAUCUGAGAUUGCUCCAGACUGUAACCAUCUCCUGUGGAACUACAAACUCAAUCUGACCACAGAUCCAAAGUUUGAGUCGGUGGCCAUGGAGGUCUGCAAGAGCACCAUCGCUGAGAUAAAGGAGUGUAACGAGGAGGAAAGAGGGAGGGGCUACCUGGUGUCCUGCCUGGUGGAUCACCGUGGCAACAUCAGCGAGUACCAGUGCAACCAGUACAUCACCAAGAUGACCAGCAUCAUCUUCAGCGACUACAGACUGAUCUGCGGCUUCAUGGACAAAUGUAAAGAAGACAUCAACAGCCUGCGCUGCGGCAGCAUCAACGUGGGACACAAGGAUGUCCACUCCCAGGGCGAAGUGAUCGCCUGUCUGGAAAAGGCGCUGGUGAGGGAGGCGGAGCAGCAGGAUCAUGUCCGUCCAAUCAAAGAGGAGUGUCAGAGGGCGAUCCUGCGGGUGGCGGAGCUGUCUUCAGAUGACUUUCACCUCGACCGACAUCUUUACUUCUCCUGCCGAGACGACCGGGAGAGGUUCUGUCAGAACACUCAGGCAGGAGAGGGAAAAGUCUACAAGUGUCUCUUCAAUCACAAGUUCGAGGAGGCCAUGUCAGAAAAGUGCCGUGAUGCUCUGACCACCCGUCAGAAGCUGAUCUCUCAGGACUACAGAGUCAGUUACUCUCUGGCCAAAGCCUGUAAGAUGGACCUGAGGAAGCAGCGCUGCAGCCUGGACACCAACCUGCCGCGAGCCCGAGAGGCCCGGCUGUCGUACCUGCUGCUGUGUCUGGAGGCUGCUGUGCACCGCGGUCGUCCAGUCAGCGGCGAGUGUCAGGGAGAGAUGCUGGACUACAGGCGGAUGCUGAUGGAGGAUUUCUCUCUGAGUCCAGAGAUCGUGCUGCACUGCAGGACGGAGAUCGAGGCUCACUGCUCUGGCCUGCACCGCAAAGGCCGCACGCUGCACUGCCUGAUGAGAAUCGGACGCGGAGAUCGCAGCACCACAGUCGACAGCGUCUGCCAGAGCGCCCUGCAGACGUUGAUCCAGUCUGCCGACCCCGGAGCCGACUACAGGAUCGACCGAGCACUCAAUGAGGCCUGCGAGUCCGUCAUCCAGACCGCCUGCAAACACAUCCGCAGCGGAGACCCAAUGAUCCUGUCGUGCCUGAUGGAGCACCUGUACACGGAGAAGAUGGUGGAGGACUGUGAGCACCGGUUGUUGGAGCUGCAGUAUUUCAUAUCCAGAGACUGGAAACUGGACCCCAUCCUGUAUAAGAAGUGUCAGGGUGACGCUGCUCGACUCUGCCACACGCACGGCUGGAACGAGACCAGCGAGCUGAUGCCGCCGGGCGCCGUCUUCUCCUGCCUCUACCGCCACGCCUACCGCACCGAGGAGCAGGGACGCCGGUUAUCUCGGGACUGUAAGGUGGAGGUUCAGAGGAUUCUCCACCAGAGGGCGCUGGAUGUGAAGUUGGACCCUGAGCUGCAGAAACGAUGCAUGACUGACCUCGGGAAGUGGUGCAGCGAGAAGACAGACACUGGACAGGAGCUGGAGUGUCUGCAGGAUCAUUUGGAGGACCUGGUGCCGGCCUGCAGGGAGGUCGUGGGGAACCUGACUGAGCUGGAGUCAGAGGACAUUCAGAUUGACGCUCUGCUCAUUAGAGCCUGUGAGCCGGUCACUCAGGCCCACUGCCAUGAUGUCGCUGAUAACCAGAUCGACACAGGUGACCUGAUGGAGUGUUUGGUUCAGAAUAAACACCAGAAGGAGAUGAACGACAAGUGUUCAGUCGGAGUCACACACUUCCAGCUGGUUCAAAUGAAGGAUUUCCGGUUCUCCUACAAGUUCAAGAUGGCCUGUAAGGAGGACGUUCUCCGCUUGUGUCCAAACAUCAAGAAAAAGGUGGAUGUGGUCAUCUGUCUCAGCACCACAGUGAGGAACGACACGCUGCAGGAGGCCAGGGAGCAGCGGGUUUCCCUGAAAUGUCGUAAACAGCUGCGGGUGGAGGAGCUGGAGAUGUCGGAGGAUAUUCGGUUGGAGCCAGAGUUGUACGAUCCCUGUAAGUCAGACAUCAGUCGUUUGUGUCCCAACGUGGCCUUCGGAAACGCUCAGAUGAUCGAGUGUCUGAAGGAGCAGAAGAAGCAGCUCAGUCAGCGCUGCCACCAGCGGAUCUUCAGGCUGCAGGAGGUGGAGAUGACCGACCCCGAGCUGGACUACCAGCUGAUGAGAGUCUGCAAGCAGAUGAUCAAGCGUUUCUGUACUGAUGCGGACGCCAGAAACGUCCUUCAGUGUCUGAAACAGAACAAGAACAGCGAGCUGAUGGAUCCUAAGUGCAAACAGAUGAUCACCAAGAGACAGAUCACACAGAACACAGACUACAGGUUGAACCCGGUGUUGAGAAAAGCCUGUCGAGCCGACAUCCCAAAGUUCUGCCAGCCAAUCCUGAACAAGGCGAGCGAGGACAGUGAGCUGGAGGGCCAGGUCAUCGCCUGCCUCAAACUCAAAUACGCCGACCAGAGGUUGUCUCCAGACUGUGAGGACCAGAUCAGAGUGAUUCUCCAGGAGUCAGCACUAGACUACAGACUGGACCCACAGCUGCAGAUGCACUGCACAGAUGAGAUCUCCAGGUUGUGUGCGGAGGAGGCAGCAGCUCAGGAGCAGACGGGACAGGUGGAGGAGUGUCUGAAAGUCAACUUGCUGAAAAUCAAACAGGAGGCCUGUAAAAAGGAAGUCCUCAACAUGCUGAAGGAGAGUAAAGCAGACAUCUUCGUAGACCCGGUCCUUCACACAGCCUGCGCUCUGGACCUCAAACACCACUGUGCCGCCAUCACACCUGGCAGAGGACGGCAGAUGUCGUGUCUAAUGGAGGCGUUACAGGACAAGAGAGUUCGUCUGCAGCCGGAGUGUAAGAAAAGACUUCAAGACCGCAUCGACAUGUGGAGCUACGCUGCAAAGGUGGCGCCAGCAGAAGGCUUCUCAGACCUGGCCGUGCAGGUGAUGACAUCACCCUCCAAGAACUACAUCCUGCUCAUGAUCGCACUGAGCGUGUGCGUCCUCUUCCUCGUGGGGCUGCUGUGCGGUCGGAUCACCAAGCGAGUGACGAGAGAACUGAAGGACCGGUAGAAGACGAGAGCUCUGACGAAAGACUGACUCCUCGCACCUUCUUCUUCUUCCCCCUCCUCCUCCUCCUCCUCCUCUUCUUCCUCUUCCUCUCUCAGAUGCCCGGUCUGUAACCAGCCAAACUGCACAGUGCCAACGCCAGUGUCCACAUCUGGAACUCGUCUGUUUAUUGGCUGCUGCUGAAUAUUUGCAUCAAAUGCAAAACGGCCCCCCGAUUCUCACAAAAUCUCCAUUUGGGCAUCUCCAAACCGAUCGUCUGAUUGGAGCGUUUCUUUCCUUGAUGAUCAUAUUCCUCCUUCCCCAACAAAUCUGCUUCUGCCGAGGAUGUUUUUUGGGGUCGGAUGUGGGGUCGUCCGGCAUCCUUUAAGUUUCUAAAUAAGCGCUGUUCAUGAUGUGACUGAGGGCUGCUUAGGAUUGCUUUCCACUCGUUGAGUCCUGAUGCUUUUUUGUGAUAUUUAACAGAGACUGGAGCAUGUAGAGCAACAGGAGAUUGUUUCUUUCUAUACGACUGCAGCUGCCUGAAUCGCACACGGAGCAACAAAACUUUGAAUUCUUUGAGAUGUUCUUGUUGCUUUGAAACAUUUUUUCUCAUCAAAUCAUGAAGUCCUCUCCACUACAGGAUCACGUCCAGCUCGCCGGAUAUACAUCAAGUUAUAGCUUCUCCUGGAUAUUUUCACCAUGACCUGCAUAGCCCCCUGUUCUCUGUUGCCUUUAAUGAACACGGUCUGACCCAUAACACACAGAGCGGCUUUGUUUUCUGCAUUUAAUGACUAAACAAGCUGCCUGUGUGCAAACAUGAGCAGUUGGGAGGAAGUGAUUGUUAAUAUGGAUAUAUAGCAUUUACACAGCUCUGCGUACAAAACUUUUUUUUUUUUUUUUUUUUUCCAAAUUUGAUAAUUUCUGCACCAAUGUCAUACCAGAGGUCAGACUGCCCUGUUGAACCUGCCCUGAGCUGCUAACACAUUGACAUGAUGUGAGGUUUACUCCACAGGCCUACGUUUGUUUGUUUCUGACAACAUUUAAAGUGCAUUCACACUCCUGCAUGUACACAAACAGUGCAUAAACUUAAGACGUGAGACAAAACACCGGAGUCACAGGAUAAUCUUUUUUCUUUUUAAAAUAGGUGGGAUUAAAUAGUUUAUCUUAAAAUAAAGACUGGAGGGAGGGGAGGGGAAACAGGCAGCCUGGCUCGGUCCAAAGUUGGGAAAACAUGUACCGUUAAACUUCAAUUAAUAGCCUGGGCUAUUAUUUGCUUAAAUCACUGAACUCAACAGGCGUAUGUUUGGGACAGGCCUUUAAUUCCUUUCACCUACAACCAGUCAGAGCAAUGAAACGUGAAGUAGCGCUGAGCAACAUACAAAUGUAAACAGACUACAGCGUGUCGAGAUGUGGUGGUGUAGCAUCAAUAUGUCUGUGAAGGAGUGUUGCUGAUUUUGCCAUCACAAUUUUAAAAUAGUAUUUCAACAGGAAGUUAAACAUCAGCUUCAGCCAUCUUUGAAAAUGCCUCAAUAGCGCUUCUCUUACUCAGCUAGGUGUACGCUCACCUUGUGUCACUAGGGUGAGCAAGCCGAAUAACGUCAUCACAUAUUUUUGGCUCUGCCAGUUGUCAGUCAUCGAAUCAAACAUGACCCAUAUUAGAUAAACGCUUGUGAUUGGUCAGGUCUUUUGGAAAUCUGUCUUAAUGGGAGGGGGACCAGACGCACCAGAGCAAAUAAAACAUGAGCUCACAGACUCGCCUGAUUCCCAGACUACCUGUGUGCAGCAGUCAGGGUGAAUUAGGGUGACUGGUCUGUGUGUUUAGAUCAAAGUUACAUUUGAUUGAAUGUCUGAUUCAGAUGUGACGUAUCGCCUGAAGCUUCAACUGACAAAUUUUCACUUUCAUGAUAAACACUUACUGUACAUGACGCAUAUGAGCAAAAAUAUUUGUAACAGGGCGACAUCACAUUUAGAAAAAUACAUUUGUAGUGUGCCAUCAUGAUCUAAAUGCUGUUAUAUUACUUAUUAUUAAUAGUAAAGAAAAAGCAAGACACAAAGGAUGUUUGGUUUCAUGCUGACGUUACAACAAUGAAUUAGUUUUGAAAACCCAGACGGAAAAUCCCCCGCACAGUAUUUUACAGACUGUUGAGCCACAAACAAAAAUUUUUGCAGGUAAAUGACUUUAAUUGUAACUAAAGAGAUGCAAACAUUAUUUUGCAUUUGUUUUUUUAAUUUUUCUAUUGAUGGAUAUUUAAUUUUGCACUUUAACAUGGUGUACAUCAGUGACAUCACUGGACAAUGAGCCUCGUUCAUCUCAUUCAUUUGUAAAAAUAUUUCCGAACAAUAACCUCACCUUUCUGUUUGCAGCUUUUGGUUGAAUAUUAAUAUUUAUGAAUGAUUUAAAAACAGUGUCACACAGAUGAGUAGUUUGUGCAGCGUAUACACAAUAUUUCUGAUCAUUUACAAAAGUUAACGAAGCUGAAGUUGCAGAUUAUUCGAGUGUGAACAAAGAGAGACGUCCUCUACCUGAAAGCCGACGGAUCAAUCAGAUAGAAACCAACAGCUGGCUGCUUUUGAGCUUUUCUAAACCAUCUUUAUGUUCCUGUUGGUGUCUGCUGACGUCAGACGUUGAAUCAGAGCGACUCGACAGGAAGUAAAGACGGCUAUCAUCAUAACCAGUUUUGUCUCUACGUGAACAAACUUUAUCGGUGUGCAGUUUUUUAUUUGUUUUUACAUUAUGCCAUGUAAUAUGAAGCCGUAACAGAUUUAUCAUUGUGAGUUUUGAUUUUGCUGUACAGAUAAAAAUUUGUCAAUUUAAUAAACCUGUCUGCAGAUUUUCA